UUCAGUUUCAGACAGAUUCUCAGGCACCAAAGUUGAAUUUGCCAACUUUGGUGCUUGGGAACACCAUCAAUCACUCUGCUUAAAUAUAACGGAGAGCAUGACAGAUUCUCCAUGGGCUGUUGUGCCUUACCAUGACCCUUAUGAUCAUGAAGUCCCCGACGUUGUGAAUUUCAUUAAUGAUACUCCUGAUCCAACCCUUGACACAUUGUUCGACGGUGGAGUAGUUCCUUCUUUCUCUCAUCAAUAUCCAAUUCCUCAGUUUGAUAAUGGAAUCCAAGAUUUUCCCAUGUCCCCAAUGUGGGAUAUGGGCAACAAUUAUAAUGGCGGAGGGAAUAAUACUAUUUCAGCACUAGCGGAUCAUCCUUCACAGUGUUCCGGACGCGGAGGAGGAGAAUCGGGUUUUGAUCAGAAUUCGGGGUUGGGGUUUGGGAGUAAUGUGAUGCCACCUCCAGUUUGGGCUCCACCACCAAUCCCCUUCAGUUGCUGCGGUUGCCAAGUUCUAAGGGAAAUUGUUCACUUCAAUCGCAAUUAUAUUAUGACACUUGAAAUCCAUGGAAGACUCGGUGCCAUCUGUCAUGCAAUUCAAGAAACCCGCGCCAAUUACUUGUACGAUUCCAGUGCUUCUAUUGAGCCUCACUAUCAGAACUUUGACUUUUGCAAUAAAAACAUCGAGGAAGUGAAGCAGUUUCUGACGCAAUACUGCUUAGAGCGAAAGGUAGAAGGCUACAUUAUGCAGCAAGAUCCUCUGCAAGCAUUUUAUCAGACUCUCUGUGUUGGUAUGGAUGGUGAGUGGGAUGAUAUUCUUAGUUAUCCCGACGAAUUCAUUCCUGAGGACUUGGACACUACCGACGACUUCAUUUCUCCUAAUUCAGAAAUGGCGGAAGAAAUCGAUGAGGUGACCGUGAAUAUGAAAGGGAAGGGUCCUAGGCUUCCCAGGUUUUCCCUUGCAGAACAGAGGGAGAGAGCAGCAAAAAUGAAAUUAAAUGAUCUUCGUGCUUACUUCCAUCUCACCAUUGAAGAGGCUUCUGAGCAAUUGGGUUUUUGCCCAACUGUUGUCAAGAGGAUCUGCCGCAAAUUUGGAGUAAGCAGGUGGCCUGCUAGAAAGAUCAAAAGCAUUGAGAGGCGAAUAUCAAGCUUGAGGCCGCUUUUGAAUUCAUAUAGUGAUAGCACCAGGGUCCAUGUUGCAGCUGAAAUUAAAAGGCUUGAAAGAGAAGUAGCCCGACUUGUAUCAUAAUGUGAAUCCGCUUAUUCCAGUUCUAUACUGAAGAAAGUAUAUAUGAUGCUAUCAUAUUUUAUUUUUUG